CCGCGCAGCUCGCCGGACGUGCGAUACGCCACCGCGCGCCACCUCGCGACUGUGAAAGUAACUAAAACAUACAAUAAAACAGUGAACAAAUAUUACUUUGAACAUUCUCUAUUUGAGUUAAUCUAUGAUUGAAUUCGUCAUUUGUUUUUUAAAAAAAACAUGUGUCGCGAGAUUUAAGUGCGCGGAAUAUUAACUACGUAAAUUACAUGAAACUCGACCACUCUUUAAUGAAAGUGCGCUUAGUUCUCGUUUAACUCUGUAAAUGGAUAAACAGCUGACGACUUCCACUAUCUACAGCUUCCGCGUCGAGUGCGUUGUUCGUAAAGGCUUUGUGAAAGUGCAAGUGAUGUAGUGAAGUGAUAAAAAAUGGUGAAAAAUGGUAUCGGAACGGUCGCCAGUGUACGGAGUGGCGCCGCCGCUGCCCGCGAGGCCGCGGACUUUUCGAAGGAAUUGCGGCGAUCAAGUUUCGGUUACAUCACCGACGAAGGUGUACAUCGAGACGAGCGCCAAGUCACCCCACUACAGCGCCAACGACGAGCAGACCGGCAGGAGAGUCCGGCGCGGACUCAACGAUGACUUUGAUGACAGAGUGACGGUUAUAAAAGUCUUGGAGCAAACCUGCUGGCUCUGCAUCAGGACUGUACUACAAGAUGGCGAGAUCGAGAUUCAAGAUCUUGUUGCAUUUAUCGAUGGCGACAGCAGUGAUUCCGGUCAUUUCUAUGAAUCGUUGGAGCCUGCACCGCCUGUACCCGCGCACCCGGCGCAUAUGGCCCACAUUGCCCACGAAACGCACGUCGCCCACACUGCACACGCUGCACACGGGGCACACGCGAGUGCGGGGUCACACGUGUUGCCGCUUGAGGACGACUUCGAUUCAUUCGAUAGUGACACCGACUCUGAAGAUCAUGAACAGUCGGGACCAACACGCACCGCUCCAGAAGUGCCGUCCACGAGACUGCCCACGCCACCCAAUGGCGGCGGACCCUACACUCUCACCAAGAUCGCGAACGCCGCGCAGAAGAAGAUGAGACAAAUAAAACGUAAUCUCACUAAACGAUACACAGUGGCUAUGGACGGCAAACCUUUCGCCAAACCCUCACAACAAAACGGGACAUAUGACUUGCCGAAACCCAAAAUGAGAUCACCGAUCUAUGCCAAUUACGAGAGACCCGAGCCUCAAUCUAAUUACACGAAUAUCGCCUUUAACGAAUCUAGAAACUUAAGCACUAAAAGCGACAAUACUGUAGCCAAAGUGGGUUUCAAAGAGGAGAGUAAGGCAGCAAGUGGGGAUAAAAGACAUAGUAACGGCGAUGCGGGAUCACCACAAGAAAAGCCCACUACACCCACCAAUGAGACCAAAAAGGACACCGGAACUCUUUCGCGGAAGACGUACUUCUCCUUCAAGUCUCGGUUUAGGAGAGCUUCAUCGAUGGCGGUGGACCUCAACUCGGAAGUACCCAGCGCCCUCAAGAUCACCAACUCCACGUUUUACUUGACAGACUCUAUGGACGGUGACUCUGGAUUCAGCAACUGCAGCGACAGUGGUGCCACCAACACGGACACGCUCUCGGCGUCGUCUCGGCGGCGUGACGAAUUGAAGCGGCUGUUGCCAACUCUAUCUCGGAAGGACAAAGGGCCGCGGACACGCACUUCGUGGUACGCCGAAUGCGAGCCCGCGCAACUCACCACCACACCAUCCUGGUGAGUACUAAAUAACAUAAU